AUGGACAACGCCAACCCCGUGGUACAUGCGACGCGGGCGCAGGGCCCACGCAUGGCCGACCACAUGGCCGCCGACGAGGCGUGGUGGCGGCAUGAGCCGCUUGCGCCGUCGCACUCGCUCUUUGCGCAGGACGAAGAGGCCGACGACGAGGCGCCCGAGGCUCUCGAUGCACGCGAGGUCUUCGACCUCGUGCGCUCCAUCACGGAUCCCGAGCAUCCCCUCACACUCGAGCAGCUGGCCGUCGUCAAUGAGGCGCACAUCACUGUCGACGAGGGCGAUGCGGCCGCGCGCCGCGCGCCUACGGUGCACCUGGCCUUUACGCCGACGAUUCCCCACUGCAGCAUGGCCACCCUGAUUGGCCUGUCGCUGCGUGUGCGCCUCAUGCGUGCACUGCCGCCGCGCUACAAGGUCGAUGUGACGAUCCGGCCCGGCACGCACCAGUCGGAGGGCGCGAUCAACAAGCAGCUCAACGACAAGGAGCGCGUCGCGGCGGCCCUUGAGAACAAGCACCUCCUCGGCGUCGUCCACGGCUGCCUAGCGACGUCGGCGCUGCGUGGCGCAGAAGCUUGA